AUGGUGACAGUAAAGCUGCAACCUGCGUCGUUGCAAUCCAACUGCUUGGAGCUGAUCAUGUUUGGUACACCGGAUGCAGUCGUGUGUCACUCGUCAUCAGGAAGCUUCUUCCAUCGACCUCCGUCCACGAUAACUCUGUCGACACGUAAGGUGGAGCCGUUGGGCGAAUACUCGCUGGUCCUCACAACGCAACCGCUGACACGCAAGCCUCUGGACAAGGACGCUGUACAGCUUCUGCUACUCAAGAGUACCCCUUCGGAACUAGGCGUGGGCAAUGGUGUGCUACCGGUGGAGCGGGCUCUGCAGGAAGCUCAGCUCUUCACGCGAGAGUUGUUCCGCGUUGCUGCUCAACACUGCGAACUAGAAUUUCAACUUAAGAUUCUUUCUUUGACGACCUGCCAGAUUCAGGAACUUGGCGGACUGGACGGUUGCUUCCGUCUCAAGCAGAUCAACGCUCAAAACAACUGCAUCCGUAUUAUCCAGGUCGUCGUCGUCCCCUUUGUCGCUCGUUUGGUUUGCAGUUCAUCGGGCAAAUUGUAG